CAGCUGAAGGUGGCGGAGCGCAUCAUGUGGAAGAAGGGCCCGUCGCACCGCGAGUACGCGAGGACCAAGGAGGCCGAGAAGAGGGACGAGGAGUUCGCGAGGCAGGGGCGCAUCCUGGCGGAGGCUCUGGCACCAGGCCUGCAGGCGGCCAUGGCGAGUGCGGUCACGAACACGGCACCCACGGUGGAGUUCCCGCCGCCGCCUCCGCAGACUGCGCCUACCAGUGGGAGCUCGGGGGCCGCCCCCGCGGGCGCCGUCGCCCCCGUGGGCACCGCUCCCGAGGUGCUCACCCCGCUCCAGCGCCACCUCAUCUGCGCGGAGCUGGACCACAAGGCGAAGCUCACCGAGGGCACGCUCGAGGAGCUUAUCAAAGAGAUCGGGAGCAAGUGGUCGCAGAGGGCCGUCGCGCAGCGCCUGGACGAGGGCAUCAAGCGCAUGGGUGGCCCCACGACCAAG